UUCCAGUCAGCAAGUUGAGCAGCUGAGCGAUUUAGCUGGCUGCACUACUGGGGGCUCCUAAUUCCGUAGUAAGGAAUACUAAAAGAGAGGGGAGAAGAGUUGAGUUCAUGAGAGAUGGGAGCUUCUAAAGAGUGAGAUAUUGUGAAGAUACAAUUUCACACAAUUCAAACAAGAAGAAAAAAUGUUACAUAUUUAAAGAAACAAAGAUGAGUUGCUAAAAUGGGAGGCUGGGUUGCCACCUAUCAGGAUGCAUUGUGCUUCCUUGCAUGGCAAAAUGGGUCUGAACUGAAUGGGACUAGUGUCUUCCAAUAUGUUUCUACACUUCUGUAUGGCCUUUCUGCCCUUUUCUGUCUUUGAGCAGAACAGUUUUUGCAUCAAUUAGGAUUUUAUUGAAACAAGUUGUAGCUUACCUCUUUCACCAUAUGCUUGUGUUCAACCUUUCUAUCUCAGUUCAAAUCAAUAUAUCAUACAGAACCACCUCCGAAAGAAUGAAACAUAUGUAUGUUUUGAUUUCCUCCUCUCCAUUUUACCAGAUGAUUCUGUGUGUUUGAGAGGGGAAGAUGUUUUGGCAGUUUAACAAGGAAAUGUUUAUUUCUGCUUUAUUAAGGAAAAAAACCAAAGGUCUAUGACUAUUUCAUUUCAAAACCACCAAAAAUAAUUAUAGAUAUUUUACUACAUAUAUGUAAAGAGAAACUGCACGAGUUACAAAUACCCACUUUGUAUUUCAUGUUUAUAUUAUAAAACAGCACAGUUUCUCUGUUGGUCUAAUGUUAUACACUUAAAUCUUUAAUAGCGAGACAAGAAUGGUUUAACUGAAUUUGGAUUUUAUUUUCAGUUACCAGUGACAUUAUUUGAAAGUUGGACUGUUUCCAGAAAACUCUAUUAACGGCUGCAGGUUUUUUUUUUUGAAAAAGUAGUGCUUAUGAACACUGUCUUUUUAUUCAGAAGUCCUUGAAAGUUACCAUUAUGCGUUCAUAAUUUCCCCCCACCUUGGCAUGUUAUUGCAGGGCUCUUAAACACAAGCUGCUCCGUUUCACAGCUUCCUGAGCCAUCUACAGAGCACCACUUUGUUAGUAAUUCCUUGGCUCCCCCUCUCCCUGAGAGUAGGUGGAGUCUCUUUUUGAAAGCAGCGUAUAGAAGACUCCCUUCUGCUCUGGACCUACCCAGCCUUUUCCUUUCUUACAUUGAAAAUCUCUGAUAGACCGUGGAAUUGUGUGAGAGAGGAGUGACCUCAUAGCCGCUCGCAGACCUGGAAACAAGCAUGUUCCUUUGCAGCAUGCUCUGAAAGGAGUGCUUUCUUGUCUCUCAUUAAAUGAGCUUACGGCUUGAGGCAGAUGUUGGUGAAGGUGGUUUUAGGAGAGAGCAAACCCUGAAAGAGAAGAAGAGAAAGUGGCUGGAAUUACAACUUGUGACACACGGCUGUUCCUGCCUUUGUGAGGAUGUCACCAUUGUUCAAUUGGGUGGCAAAGGUGCCUGAGAUUAUAAGCACCAUCCGACAAGCUGGGAAGAUUGCACGUCAAGAAGACUUUCAGAAUAACCUUUCAGAUGUUGAAGAUCCUUUCAGCAAAAAGUUUGAAGUGCUGUUCUGCGGCCGAGUAACAGUAGCACACAAAAAUGCACCCCCGGCACUCAUAGAUGAAUGUAUUGAAAAAUUUAAUGAUGUUAGUGACACUAAAAAAUUGGACUCUGAUUCAUUUUCCCAACAACAUGAAACAGCCAACCACUCUGGAGGAUUUUCCAUAAGUGGUAAAUUCCGAUCUGUCUUCCAACCCUUGGUUAAUGAAGAACAGGAGAAGAGGCCAAUGAGGAAAUCCUACUCUCAGCCUGGAUUACGUUCUCUUGCUUUCAAAAAAGAUUUGCAAGCUGAGAGCUCAAGAAGUCACAGUUUUGUCAGAUCCUUUGAUGAUGAUGUUGCUCUGAACUUAAAGAGUCAAUUUAUCCAAGGGCAAAAUGUCCAGCCUACAGAUAUUGCGGGGAACCGGAUUAUGUUGUUCACGAUCGGCCAGUCUGAAGUUUACAUCAUUAGUCCUGACACCAAAAAAGUAGUUAUUGAAAAAAGCUUUAAGGAAAUUUCCUUUUGUUCUCAGGGAAUCAGGCAUGUGGACCAUUUCGGUUUUAUCUGCAGAGAGUCUUCAGAAAAUAGAGGGUUCUAUUUUGUCUGUUACGUGUUUCAGUGUACAGAUGAAGCCCUGGUUGAUGAAAUCAUGAUGACGUUGAAGCAGGCAUUUACAGUAGCUGCUAUCCAACAAAAUCCCAAAGCACAACUCCAAUUCUGUGACAAGUGUCCCAUGCAGAGCCUUCAUAAACUCUGUGAAAAAAUAGAAGGGAUGCAUCCUUCUAAAACUAAACUAGAACUCCAAAAGCAUUUAACAACAUUGAAUAACGAGGAGCAGGUUUCAGUUUUCGAGGAAGUUCAGAAAAUAAGGCCAAGAAAUGAACAGAAAGAGAAUGAGUUAAUAAUCUCAGUUCUGAGAAGUUUGUAUGAAGAAAAACAAAAGGAUCAUACUCAUCUUGGUGAAUCCAAACAGACCACACAGUCUUCAGUAGAGGCCGUGGGAAAUGAAAUGCCAAGCAACACACCUCGUUUCAGACUAGACAUGUUGAAAAGCAAAGCUAAAAGAUCACUAACAGAGUCAUUAGAAAGUAUUUUAUCUCGAGGUAAUAAAAGUAAAAAUCAGCUUGAAAGUUCUGAAAGUAUUGACUUGGACAGCUCUUUAUCAAGCACAGUAAGCACAACAAGCAAAGAAGCAUCUGUGUGUGAAGUAGAGGACCUCCUUCCCACAGAGAGUCCUCCGAAGGCAAAUGGAUCAGUAAACAAUGUCCCUAUUGAGUCAGAAAGUGCGUGCACUGAGCAGCCUGCAAAAGCAGCUUACCAGGGUUUUAGGCGGCGAGCAAAUACCCUGACCCACGUUCCAACAGAAAACCAAGAUUGUUCAGAACCUACAGAAGCAUCUCCACCUGUUCCUCAAAGGAAACUUAUGAGGUAUCAUUCUGUGGGCACAGAGACUCCUCACCAGCAAACCAGCUCUAACGUUUCUGCUGAUCAGUCAAUGCCAGCUCGUCCUCUUUCUCCUCCUCCAGCUCAUCUUAAACCCUCGGCCUCCUCACCCAAUUUCUUAAAACAUCUUAGAUCUAAUUCAAGUGGAGAACAAACCAGGCGUGCUGUGCCAAAGAGCACCUCCUACCGUUCUACUCUACGGAAAAAACUUCACUCUUCCUCUUCUGUGCCAAACUUCUUAAAAUUUCUGGCUCCUGUAGAUGAAAAUAACACCUCUGACUUUAGGAACACAAAAAGUGACUACAAGCCCACGUCAAGUGAAGCAGAUUCUUUCCACGAAAGUCCUGUAAGAACUCGUCGACAUUCAUGGAGACAACAGAUAUUUCUAAGAGUAGCAACACCACAGAAAGGAUGUGAUUCUACCAGCUGGCACGAUGACUAUUCUGAAUUGGGAGAACUUCCACCCAGGUCACCACUGCAACCACUUUGUGAAGAUGGCCCCUUUAGGACAAUCAAAGAAGAGAGGAAAAGGUCACCCAAAGAGCUCCGGGAACUAUGGCAAAAAGCCAUUUUACAGCAGAUACUACUGCUUAGAAUGGAAAAGGAAAACCAAAAGUUGCAAGCUUCUGAAAACAAUCUCUUAAACAAACGUUUGAAGCUUGACUAUGAGGAAAUCACCCCAUGCCUCAAAGAAGUAACUUUGAUUUGGGAAAAAAUGUUAGGGACACCAGGAAGAUCAAAAAUGAAGUUUGACACAGAAAAAAUACAUUCUGCUGUUGGGAAAGGAAUCCCUAAGCAUCACCGAGGUGAGAUCUGGAAGUUUUUGGCAGAACAACACCAGCUUAACCACCAGUUUACCAACAGACAACAACCAAAGGAUACACCUUAUAAAGAACUCUUAAAACAGUUAACCUCCCAGCAGCAUGCAAUACUUAUUGACCUAGGACGCACCUUUCCAACACAUCCAUAUUUCUCCGCACAGCUUGGGGCUGGGCAACUGUCCCUGUACAACAUCUUGAAGGCGUACUCCCUCCUAGAUCAGGAAGUAGGCUAUUGCCAGGGGCUUAGCUUUGUAGCAGGUGUGCUGUUGCUUCACAUGAGUGAAGAAGAGGCUUUCAAGAUGCUGAAGUUCCUUAUGUUUGAUAUGGGCCUUAGGAAGCAGUAUCGACCUGACAUGACAAUUUUACAGAUCCAGAUGUAUCAACUUUCUCGUCUUCUUCAUGAUUACCACCGAGACCUCUACAAUCACUUUGAAGCCCAUGAAAUUGGGCCCAGUUUAUAUGCUGCACCCUGGUUUCUUACCAUGUUUGCCUCUCAGUUUCCCCUGGGAUUUGUGGCUAGAGUAUUUGACAUACUGUUUCUUCAUGGACCAGAGGUGAUAUUUAAAGUGGCUUUAAGCCUACUGGGAAGCCAUAAGCCAUUGAUUCUGCAGCAUGAAAACCUGGAAACUAUAGUUGAUUUCAUUAAAUGUAUUCUUCCAAACCUUGGCUUGGUACAGAUGGAAAAGACAAUUAAUCAGGUAUUUGAGAUGGAUAUCUCUAAACAACUUCAGGCUUAUGAAGUUGAAUAUUAUGUACUUCAGGAUGAACUGAUAGAUUCUUCUCUCAGCGACAAUCAGAGGAUUGAUAAGUUAGAAAAAGGAAACAAUAGUUUACGUCAACAAAACAUUCGCCUCCUUGAAGAGUUACAGGUGGCAAAUGCCAAGAUCCAAAACCUAGAGGGCAUUAUUGAGACACUGCUGAACAAUGAAAGCAAGCAGAAGCAGACAAUUCUCACUCUCGAACUGGAAAGGAAAACACUGCUAGAGACAGUGGCAGAGCUGCGCAUGGGCUCACCAGUUCCCAGCAGGAAAUCUCUUCUAACUCGACAAGAGCAUUUAGAUGCUUCCAACUGACAGUGAAAAAUACCAUGGAGGUGGACAAGGGAGAAUCAUCUGAAAUCAUCAUUGGAAACAUUCACAUUGUUCAUGCCUUAACUUUGGUUGAAUGAACCAAAGACUUUGCACAAAAGAGAAGCAUGUCUCUAGCAGAAAUAAACGCCUGUUUGUUCUAAUUUUUUUACUGAUAUAUAUAUAUAUGCAAUAUAAUGAGCAGGAAAAAACAUUCUGCUGCCUUUCUUCUUUAUACAUUGCCAGUCCAUUUUAAACAUUUUUGGUUCUAAACUCCACUGUUACGUGCUUUUCUACCAAAGGGCUUCAUGUUGCUUAUACAAUGAACAUUUGAAAAACUCCUCUUAAAUUAUCACAUGAUGCAAAGAUGCUGAAGAAUUGCAGCACUGGAGCUCCUGAACUGAUUUCUUACAUCUAUUUAACAAGCUACAAAAUAUUCAUAUGCAAUUUGAAUUUUUAUGUUUGUGAUAUUUUUCUUGCUCUUUGCCUGAAAUGGAAUUGUGUCCUGUUUAUUCAUAUUGAGCUUUUUAAAAUGUCAUAUUGCUUGAAGAUAUUGACAGAGUGAACUCCAGCAAGCCAAAUUUUGUUAAGUAACAUUUGGGGUUGCAUUCUGUUGUUAGAAAUGUUGUAUUUUAAUUGAAUGGGGUUUGGUUGGCAUUUAACAUCUGGCAUUAUAGUUUAAUGUAUCAAGCUUAGAUCGUCACUACUUUUCUCCCCCUCUCUAAUGUAUACUGGCAAGGUCUGAUACUCUCACAUCAUUAUGAUGUGUCAUGCCUUAAAAUGUUAUUUUAUUUAUUUUUUAAAAUCGUGUGUUUGUAAGCUUUUUGUUCCCAAGUGGAAAUGUAAUAAUUAUUUGUUUUAGUGUUAAGAAUUAAUUGGACAGAAAUGGCCAAUUUGAUGCAAUCUUUUCAUAUACAGUAGAAUCUUACUUAUCCAACAUAAACGGGCCAGCAGAAUGUUGGACAAGCGAAUAUGUUGGAUAAUAAGGAGGGAUUAAGGAAAAGCCUAUUAAAUAUCAAAGUAGGUUAUGCUUUUACAAAUUAAGCACCAAAACAUCGUGUUAUACCACAAAUUUGACAGAAAACGUAGUUCAAUACACAAUAAUGCUAUGUAGAAAUUACUGUAUUUAUGAACUUGUCACCAAAAUAUCACGAUGUAUUGAAAACAUUGACUACAAAAAAGGAUUGGAUAAUCCAGAACGUUGGAUAAGCAAGUGUUGGAUAAGUGAGACUCUACUGUAUUACCUUUUGUAAUUGUAGAGAUUUGUUUGGCUGGUUGAAAGACACACUUGUAGCACAAUCGUUUCUAUGCCUUGCUUAGGGACAGUAUGUAGGACUGAAGCUGUACACUGAAUUUGGAUGCAGAUUAUAAAAUAUUAUUACGGAUUCUUCCACCAAGGGCAAGUCUACACAGGAAAAAAAUUGGACUUAACUUGAAUUUGGCUAUCCCUAUGAUGUAUGCCAGGCAUGGGCAAACCUUUUUGCUUUGGGACCACAUUGUGGGUCCAGCCAGAAGGGCCAGGCGAGGCUGGGAGGGAGGAUGGCCAGGCACAUGAUAGGCAGAGCAGGCCCGAGAGGGGAGAGCCCAGGAGAGGACAGGGUUAGGAUUGAGCAGAGUAGGGUCCGGGUUAUCCUCAGGUUGUCCUCCCAGGAUAAGGACGGAGCUGCUCACCACAUCCUUAUGCCGGGAGGAACGCGGGACACAUGGCAACUGCCCCAAUCCUCCUCUCCUGAUCCUCCAGCUGUCCUCUUGGCAUUAUGGCAGGAGAAGGAUGAGACAGACGGUAGUUGAGAGUCCUCAAGAGAGCGCUCAGCUGCCGCAUGCUUUCCUUGAGCCAUCGUUCUGGCAUAAGGAUGGGCCGUUUGUACCAUCUUUAUGCUGGGAGGAGGGUAAGACAUGCAGUGGCUGAGAGUGCUCCAGAGGGCUCUCAGCUGCUGCAUGCAUUCCUCCCCCGUCUUUUUGGCAUAAGGACGUGUUGGGUUGCCAUGUCCUUAGGCCAAGAGGACAGAGAAAAUGAGGAGGGCCUAAGGGAAGCACUCAGAGAGCCGCAUCCAACCCCUAGGCCUUAGUUUGCCCAUGCCUGAUGUAUGCUGACUACCAGUGAGUAUUAUGGAUUUUAUUGCUUCAGGCAAAAUCGGGAUAUUCCAGAGCUUGCUGGAAACUCUCAAGUAUCCUGAGACUUUCGCAGCAGUUUGGACAGUUAAAUCAGAUCGUAUUCAGCCUGAUGCACUUUUCAAUGGACAUUGUCCUUGCCACUCCCAUCUGGUCACAAAGUUUGUGCAAACACCUCUUCUUCACAAUCACAUCUAUGAUUGCCCACACUACCAGCAAGGAGGAGAAGGGCUUCCUAACUCAGGCACCUUAUUAUAACAUUACAGACACAACAGCCAGAUGCUUGCAGAGAGCUUUAUGGCAGGCUAGGAGUGGCAGUGGUGGUGACAUUGGGAGAAACGUGAUGGGUCUGGCAAAGGUUGAUACAUUCUCGUCCUGACCAUGUGGACACCAACACAGUGCUGUUGUGGAUUAAGCCCAGUGCAUGUGUCCACCAUCAUGGCCACAUUGGGACCCGUCCACAACAUAAAUGUGUUUGGCUGGUUAUAUGAAAAGCUCACAGCAACCCAAUGAGAGACAUACUUGUAGCACAAUCCUCUAUAUCAGAGUUUCUUAAACUCUGCUCCUCCAAAUGUUUUGGACUUCAGCUCCCACAGUUCCUAACAGAUUGUAAGCUGGCUAGGAUUUCUGGGAGCUGAAAUCCAAAACACCUAGAGGAGCACAGUUUAAGAAACUCUAUGUAACUUGCUUAGAGAUAAUGCUGUAUUUCUAAGACACACUUUCCCUCAUGUAAACAUAUCUAAAAACAGGCUGUGUCUUAGAAUCACCCUUUUCCUCAAUUAUUUUGCAUAUUCCCCAAAAUUUUGUUUUUAUGCAGAAACCUCCAAGUUAGAUCAUUAUCACUCCAUUCUGCUCUUGCUAUUCCAUUGUAGAAUAAAAUGGUGCAUUUUGCAAGUGUUUUCCCACUGUUAUUUCAUUAUACUUUUGCUAACUCAGUGACAAUUAGGAAGUUUUGGUUGUACCUCUGAAACUACCUACAUAAAAUGUGUUUUGUUUAUUUUGAUCUCUUAUUGCAUAUUCAAAUGCUGUCAAUAAGAUUGCACUACAAAGCCACAUUGAAACAAAAACUUAUUGUGUAUGCAGAUGAAAUUCUUAAAAAAUAUUCUGAAAUGUAUUUUUUAUAAUCAAAGUUGGUUUUUUUGUGGUGGUGGUAAUGAAAUUAGUGUGUGUCUUAUAAGCUAUGAUGUCUUAGAAUCGGAAAAAUAUGGUAUAUAAAAAUUUAAUUUUUAGUAAUCAAAAGAUUGCACAAAAUAAUCUACUAGCUAUUUGAACAGUGGCAUACACAAAGAACUCCCCUCAGCACUGGGAUAUUUAUAGGGGCUUGACGGGACACACUGAGUGGCUAAUUUCCCAGCAUUUACCAUUUCAUCUUCUGCAAGAAACAGCAGCAGUUUUGGUUUUUCUGUUUUUCUUGUCAUGUUGUGAAUGACGGGCAUCACCACAAUGUCUGUUAGUUCUCACUGAAAUGGGAGCCUGAGGAGAACUCAGGCAGGGGAGAAUCUUUUUAAAAUCCCACCACUGCCACCAAUUGAGGAGAACUCAGGCAGGGGGGAAUCUUUUUAAAAUCCCACUGCUGCUACCAAUUGCGAAGAUGUGGAGGUGGAGGUUGUUUUUAUUAAUUAAUUAUAUUUAUAUUAUUGUUAUAUAUUUUAUAUCCGCUGCCACCAGUUAUUAAAGAUGUUUUAUUUAAAAGCUA